UACCACUACUGUGGGCACGGUGAGAUACGCCUCCAUCAACGCUCACCUGGGGAUCGAGCAGAGCCGGCGUGACGACAUGGAGUCUCUGGGCUACGUGUUGAUGUACUUUAACCGCACCAGCCUACCUUGGCAGGGACUCAAGGCGGCCACUAAGAAACAGAAGUAUGAGAAGAUCAGUGAGAAGAAAAUGUCCACCCCAGUGGAGGUCCUGUGCAAGGGUUACCCGGCUGAGUUUUCGAUGUACUUGAACUAUUGCCGCGGCCUUCGUUUUGAGGAGACGCCGGACUACAUGUACCUGCGUCAGCUGUUCCGCAUCCUCUUCAGAACCCUGAACUACCAGUACGACUACAUGUUUGACUGGACCAUGCUGAAACAGAAGGGAGCCACUUCAACUCCCGGUUCCUCCACCAAUCCGAGUGGCUACCCAGAACGGUCCAAAAGCAAAGGAGGGCUCUGAUGGAGGUGGUGAUGCUGGCUACUGGUGGAGCAGCUCACCAGCUCGCUCAC